GGUACACCCUGUGCGAUACAGGGAUGUGACCCUUCUGGGUGGCUCUUCAAAAACGUCGAGCGCAAGAAAUGGAUGUUUUUUUGUACCAAAAAGAGCCGUUUGUCUUCAGGACAGUCAUUUAAGGAGUCGUUUUAGAGACUGAAAUCAGGGAAGUCGACUAACGGCGCCUCCCAUUUGGAGAGUGAAGACGCCGUUAUCGUAACGCACUUUAUCCGCGUAACUUUGCUCGUGCAUCUGCUCAUAUGAUGUGACUGUAACCCCCGCUGGACCUGGGGGGAUAGGGGGGGACUAUCCACAUUCAUUUUACGGAUUAUAUUUUUGUUUUUAUGUACUAUAUUUUUAUCAGUGCACUCUGGACAACAAUAUGGACAGUUUGAAAAUCAGAGAGCAAAGGCAUAAGUAAAGAUGACCUUAAAAGCAACCAAAGUAUGGUUUUUCAGUCUCGUUCCAGUUGUGCUAUUCUUCAUCUGUUACUACUGCACCCAGAUUUACUUUGACAGCUGUUGCAGCACUGGAAAGUCCCCUCAACCGACUGUUUUUCUAUGUGACAACAGCACAGUGAAAAAGUGGAACACUCUUAAUUUGAGCAUGGGCAGAAACGCAGAGCUCUUUUUGAAGAUGGAGGAUUUCUUCUGGAAAAAACACAUGUCUAUUCAUGCUCUGCCCUAUGGCAUUAAAGGCAGUGAGUUCAUGCUUCUGAAGAUCUUAGCAAUGGUUUCCAGCUACGGAAUGCCAGCAAACAUUGAGAGCAGUUUAGAUUGCAGGACAUGUGUGGUCAUUGGAAACAGCUUUUCCAUUAAAAACAGUUCCCUGGGGGAGAUCAUUAACAAAUACGACGUGGUGAUCAGGCUAAACAAUGCCCCGGUCAGAGGCUUCGAGGAGGACGUGGGUAACAAAACCACCCUGCGCCUAUUCUAUCCUGAAUCAGCGUCUCCUAACCCGGGUCUCCACAAUAACCCAGACACCCUCCUGGUCCUGGUACCUUUCAAAGAUCACGACCUCCGGUGGCUCAAAGUGAUCUUAUACAACGAGAAAAGGGUUCUAAAAGGCUUUUGGAAACCUCCUCCACAAAUCUGGCUUGGCGGGACCAGUCAGAUCCGUGUGCUGGAUCCUUAUUUUCUUCGUCUGACAGCCAGCAAUCUUCUUAAAAUCCCCCUGAAACCAAACCGACAACAGAAGCCAGUGCAUCCAACCACUGGUAUUCUGGCAGUGUUUGUGGCACUAAACUACUGUGAUGUCGUCCACCUGGCUGGAUUUGGAUAUCCGGAGGCCAGAAACCAGCAAUAUCCAAUCCAUUACUAUGGACAGGACACACUAAAAUCCAUGAAGAAUUCCAACCAUGAUCUGAAUCAAGAGGCACAAGUUCUGAAGAGACUGGAAGAACAGGGGCUCAUUUCGUACCUUCGGCAUUCUUAGCACAUUUACAAACACUGCUCCUGAGUAUUUUUUAUAUGGUCACAUGUGUAUAUACAGCAUAGUACAAACAGUAUUCACUAAAAUACAAACUGUUUUUUCAUUUUUGAAAUCUACAUAAGCCACAGUAAGGCAGAGGCUCAUGUUUGAAUCAAAUUAAAUGACAAAGCAACAGAGCUGUUACAGUAGUUAAGUAAGAUUUCUGCAUUUGUGUGAUUAACACAAAUUUUCUCUGACAUUAGGAUAUUUAUAAUUAAUGCUCUUUCUCUCGUUUGCUUUACAAUAUUGCCACUGGAUAUUUUGUAAGUAUUUAAUUAAAAUAAAAUGUUGUUUUAUGCUGAAAAUUCUCUGAGGUGAUUUUAAAGAUUCAAUUUGUAUUAUCUGCGCCGCUAGAUGGCGCCAGAUCAAAGUAAUAACAUUGACGUAGAUUAAUGAUGCUCUGAACUGAUGGGAUUUGUUGUCUUUAACUCAAACGCUGAUGGCCAUCAAACAGAUGGGAACAAGAAAUCAUGUUACACAUGAGGUAAAGUAAUCAGGUUUUAUAAGUGUUGUGUUUGAUGACAUAGUUUUUUUUUCAUUAUGUAAGGUUUCAGGUAAUGUUCGAAACACAAUUGUUAGAUGUUACAGUAUUGGUCCAGUACGAUGGUUUGUUAACAUAGCACAGAAUUAAGUGUUCAGAUGAACAAACGUACCAUAUAAUAGUGAGUGGCCAGACAUACGUGAUUACUUCUGCAUUUGUCCACGACACUGUUCAGCUGGACAAAAUAUAUAACACCGGACUAUUGGUUUUUGGAUGUUUUACUGCAAAUAUCUUACAAAUUGUACCUUUAAAUAAUAAAGUCUUGUACUACCCAUAAAUGUUAAAGGGCAGUUUCCCAAACAGGUUUUAAACCAGGACUAGGGCUUAUAUUUAUAUUAGGAUAUUUAAGUACACUUCACUUGAACAAUGAAGUAAACAUCACUUAACUCUUUCCCCCCCAGCGUUUUUUAAAAUAGUUGCCAGCCAGCGCCAGCAUUUUUCAUGAUUUUUUCUAAAGUUUACUGUCUUACAGAAAAUGUUCUUUUUAAAUAUAUAAACAAACAAUAUAUCAAUAGAAAGAACAG